AUGCGCUCUCUGGGCCAGAACCCGACGGAGGCCGAGUUGCAGGACAUGAUCAACGAGGUCGACGCCGACGGAAACGGCACCAUUGACUUCCCCGAGUUCUUGUCUUUGAUGGCCCGCAAGAUGAAGGACACCGACACGGAGGAAGAGCUCAUCGAGGCAUUCAAGGUCUUCGACCGCGAUGGCAACGGCUUCAUCAGUGCGGCCGAGCUGCGGCACGUGAUGACCAACCUGGGUGAGAAGCUCACGGACGAGGAGGUC